AGGCUGUGCAGUCCCAAGAGCGAGGGGUAACGAACACAAAACUUUGUAUUCUCAGAAUCUCAUCUCAUCUGUGAAUGAAUUCGGUGGAUGAUGGCAGUGGCUGCAACCGCAAAAUCAACAGCGAGGUUCAUUUCACUGAUAAAACUUCCUCUAUCCCACUUUCACUUCAAGCUCUCCUCUCCUUCACUUUCGACAACAAUUAGUUUUCAGGUUUUUCCAACAGAGGCAUCUUCUCAUGGUAAAGAGAGAGUGACAAAUGAAGUCCUGAAAGAAUUUCUUGCCACCGUUGAGAAUGCAUCAGCAUCCAGUGAGAAAGUCUAUUGCGCAUAUAUUGAUAAGAUAUGCAAAGCUGGAAAUCUUUCAGCUGCAAGUCAAAUGCUACAAAUUUUAAAUGAUAAGAACAUUGGUGUUACCCUUGAUGUGUAUAAUCUCAUAUUAGCGGAGGCAAGUUGGAAGAAUGACAUUCAACUUUCUUGUCAAGUUUUCAAGAAAUUAUUGUUGUCAUAUAAAUCCCCAAGUGCAACCACGUGCCUUAAGUUUGCCCAGGCUUUCACAAAAGUGAAUGAUUGUGUGGAGCUACUCAGAUUUAUUGAUGAAAUAUUAGAGAUAACGUGUUCAAGCACAUCAUUCUUCAUAAACAAGAUCAUUUUUGCCUUUGCCAAAAGUGGACAGAAAGAUAAGUCCUUGGUGAUAUUUGAUCAUCUUAAAAGACAGAGGUAUAGUCUGGACUUGAUUACAUAUAAUAUAGUUCUGGAUAUCUUGGGUCGUACAGGUCGGGUGGAUGAAAUGCUUGAUGUGUUUUCAUCCAUAAAGGAAACUGGUUUUGUCCCGGAUAUUGUUUCUUACAAUACCCUAAUAAAUGGCUUGCGGAAGGUUGGAAGAUCUGAUAUGUGUUUUGCGUAUUGUAAGGAAAUGAUUGAGAAUGGAACAGAACCAGAUCUGCUUACAUAUACUGCACUAAUUGAGAUUUUUGGUCGUUCAGGAAAUGCUGAGGAAUCAUUGAAAUUCUUUAGGGAGAUGAAACUGAAAGGGGUUGUUCCUUCAAUAAAUAUCUAUCGAUCACUAAUCCAUAAUUUAAAUAAAACAGGGAAGGUUGAGUUGGCAACAAAACUUUUAGAGGAGAUGAAUUCAUCAUCAACUUGUCUAGCUGGUCCAGAAGAUUUCAAGCAGAAAAGAAGGCGAAGAGAUGCUUAAAAGUUUUAGUUUUCAGUUUCAUCUGCUUGAGGUAUUCUAGUUCAUAAGUUUACGUUGGUAUGUCUUUGUCUGAGACAUCUUUAUUGCAGUAUGAUGCUGACCAUCAUUUGUGUAUGAAAUGUUGAUGUUAGAGACAUGCAAAGAAGAGUGUAAUAUUAAUCAAUUCGGUUUCAUCAUUACUUAUUCCAGACAUGCAAUACAUUCUUUGAUUUUUAUCAUCAAAUAGAGACUGCUCAAUUGUGUAAUUUCUGUCAUAAAAGGUGUCUUGUGUGGAAAAUACAUACUUGGUAAUUAU